CUGAUUCAUCUUUGCUUAUUACAGCUUUGCUCGAUCUUCUUCAGUGUUUAUUAGGAUUGCAUAUAAGGAUUCAAGACAGUAAGAAUGGUUUUUUGUCCCUUCACGCCACGCCUCGGCCAACUGCUACUGUACAAAGUCAACUCUUUUGGGAUAAAUCUAUUAUAUUCAUUGAUUUAUAACUUCUUUAAUCAAUAUUUUUCAUUUGUUUAUGAAUUGAUUAAUUUUGGAUAUUUAAUUAGGAUAUUUAUUUAAUUUAUUUAUUAUAUAUUAUGGGUUUUUGGGCCUCAUACUCCAGUCAGCUUCCUUCCUAGGGGAAUCUUUUAUUUGAGUUGGGCCAUUGGGCCACGUGAACUCUGAUACAGUUUGUUGGAGUUUUGAAUCUCUAUGGGCUCUCUAGGAUUCCUUGGGCCAUUAGACCAUGUGAACUCUAUUAGAAUCUGUAUUAUUGAUCUAUAAUGUAUUAAGUGGAUUGGUUCAUAAUGUAUUAUUGUAAUAUGAACUUGAUUGGUUGAAUGGUAUUUUCAAUCAUUAUUCAACUAAAUCUCUACGUGUCAAUGCUUUUCCAAGGCCUCAGGUUGUGUUUGUGUCAACUGUCAACUGCCCCAUGUUCCGGGAUCUCCCUCCAGGAUGGAGCUAUGAAUAUUCCUUGCGGGUUUUUGUCUCGUUGUAACACUAUCCAAACUAAGGACACUGGUUAUUUGGGUGGAGUUGGAACAAAGUAAAAUAAUAUAUAUGAUACAUGGAAAUGCUAGAGCAAGUACGGCAGGUAGAUUAAUGGCUUAAUUGAUUAUUAUACUGUUUCUCUUGCCAUAACUGCUACUAAUUAAGCCAUUACUCUUUUUCAAGUAUUGUCCAUGCGUGGACAUUCCUAUAAAUAUGUUGCAACUCAAGUUAAGUUUUUCAUAGAAAAAGGAAAAUUUCUCUUGAUUGUAAGCAAUAUCAGGAUGAGUAUUGUCGAGUUUGGUCAGGCCAAGGGUUUAACUUCUACCCCAAACCGGGGGCUGGCUAUAGUAGACUUUAUGGUGAGGUUACUAGCCGUUGCUGGUACCCUUGGGGGUGCAAUUGUGAUGGCUAGUACUGAAGAAACACUUCCUUUCUCCACACAGUUUGUUCGCUUCAGAGCUGAGUAUGAUGAUCUUCCAACUUUCACCCUUUUUGUGGUUGUGAAUUUCAUUGUAAGCGGCUAUCUGCUUCUUUCUAUCCCACUUUCUAUCUUCAACAUCGUAAGGAACACCGCAAAGAAUACUAGAAUUCUCUUGAUCAUAUUUGACACGGCAAUGAUGGGUCUUUUAACUGCUGGAGCAUCGGCAGCAGCAGCUAUUGUAUAUUUGGCUCACAAAGGGAAUGAUAGGGCAAACUGGUUUGCUAUCUGCCGACAAUUCAAUUCUUUCUGCGAGCGCAUCUCUGGCUCUUUGAUCGGAUCCUUUGUAGGAGUAGCUGCGUUCAUUCUGCUGAUCUUGCUCUCUGCUGUGGCACUUUCCCGGCGAAACUAGAUCGAUCUAUUGAUCCUUCUACAUCGCAAUAAUGAUGAAUUAAUAUGCGUUUGCUUGUUACUGUUGUGUUUGCAGUAUGUAUAUGUACGUCAUGUUUUCCUUGUUUCUCUGGCUUCAUAUGUAAUAGAAUAGAAAUUAUGUU